UGAAACUGAGUCUAAUUUUACUGUAAUAUGUUUUGGUAAGUUGCAGUACCACAAGUUCCUGUAACAUCUUGGCAAAAUCCUCAGUUCCCCUGGUUUUCAGACUCAAGUUCCUGGAGGACAAGGGCCAUCAUGGGAUCUAACUUAGCAUGCACUUAUACCGGGUUAUGUACCUGUUCCCGGUGCUUAUCCUGUUCAAAAUGGUGCAUAUCCUACUAUGCCCGCCUACGCGUCCGCAGCUAUGCCUACCGCUUCCUCGCCUCUUGCUCAAAGCAGCCAUCCCGGGGUUCCACACAAUGUAAAUUUACAGCCUAGUGGUGGUUCAACUUCCGGUCCUGGUUCCUCGCCUCACAUGCAAACCAACUUUGGUGCUCAAGGAUUGGUUCGGCCUGGGGUGCAGCCAAAUGCGAGACCUGGUGGUGAUUCACCUUCAGCAGUUACUGAAUUGGGCAAUGGAAAGCCAAAGUUCUAUUCUACUCGUGAUAAUCUCUUUUUGCAUAAAAUGGCGAUUACCAACAAAUCACGUGUGGUUGUUCUCAACAAGAAAAUCAGCCUCUUCCUUCUUUGCUACAGUUAA